AUGGCUGAUGGCAAUGUCUCCUAUGCUAACUCUGCUGCUGCUGCUGGCGACGGCGGCCGCGGCGGUGGCGGUGUAGCGACGCAAAUUCGACGAAAGUCGCGUACUUCAACAUCAGGCGCAUCACCUCAAUCGCGCGGGCGACGGGGAGCGUUACGGUUGACCUUGUUCGCAGUACUCGUAGCGUUACUGGCAGUACUAGCACCGCUUGCGUUUCCAGAAUCCUUCCUCACCUCUGAACAAGUCUCGCAAGUCACACGGUUCUUCGAAGAUGCUGGCCUCGGCGAUGCGCUCCACACUAUCGGGUUACAUCCUUCUGCGAGCUCAUUCCUUGAUACCCUUUCCAGUAACACCACCUCAUCCGACCACAUCCGCGGAGGGCACACGAACAACUGGGCAGUGCUUGUGUGCACCUCGAAAUUCUGGUUCAACUACCGCCACAUCGCCAAUACGCUCGGCAUGUACCGCACGGUCAAGCGCCUCGGCAUCCCGGACAGCAACAUCAUCCUCAUGCUCGCCGACGAUGCGGCGUGCAACCCCCGCAACAAGUUCCCCGGCAACGUGUGGGCCUCGUCGCACAACAGGCUGGAUCUGUACGGACACAACAUCGAAGUGGACUAUCGUGGUUACGAGGUCUCGGUGGAAAACCUGAUCCGACUGCUCACCGGCCGGCUUCCCCCCACGACGCCCAAGUCAAAGCGCCUCGAGACCGACGCGCGCAGCAACGUGUUCCUCUACAUGACCGGCCACGGUGGCGACGAGUUCCUCAAGUUCCAGGACUACGAGGAGAUCUCGGCCGUCGAUAUCGCCGACGCCAUCGAGCAGAUGUGGCAGAAGAAACGCUACCACGAGCUCUUCUUCAUGGUCGACACCUGCCAGGCCAACACGCUCUACAGCAAGAUCUACUCCCCCAACGUCCUCGCCACAGGCUCGAGCGAAAAGGGCCAGAACAGCUAUAGCCACGGCGCCGACGACGACCUCGGCGUAGCCAUGAUCGAUCGCUUCACCAACUUCGUCCUCGAGUGGAUGGAGGGCAUGCACAAAGGCUCCAACGCCACAUUGAACGACCUCUUCCAGGCGUACGAUCGCGUUGUCAUCGAAAGCGAUCCCGGUGUUAGGAAGGAUCUGUUCCGGAGAGAGUUGAGCCAAACCAAGGUGACCGACUUCUUCGGUGGAGUCAGUCAGGUCGAUCUUACGCCCAGAGCGAAACAGGUCAUGCUCAUGUAG